AUGUCAAAUGAGCCGCAAUUCUUAUCGGACCUGAAGCUCCGGAAUGUAAGGUGCAGAAAGCAUCAGAAGCAGGGUGGUCGUUCGAUACGUACGUCCUUGGAACAUUGGCGCCGCAGGGGAAGCGGCGGUCAAGCCACAGUAACAGGACUGCCCGCCCAUGUUCCCUGCUGGCAGCCACACUCGGAGGGCCGAGGAAUGGAUGUGCGCCGCGAGCCAGUCGAUCUAUUCGCAUCUCGGUAUCUUCGUCCUGGUGACGAGAAAACCCGCAGUGAAACACAGCGUGUGAUUUCAAUCAUGAUGGCCUUGAAAUUGGCAUAUGCAGUACGGAGUAAACCCAGCUCGACAUGGCCCUUGGGAUCCACUUGUACCAUUGGCUUGAAGAGAGGCUCGCGAGGCUUCCGACGGGAUGAAAUGCCCGUGUCCAAGUCCAUCCUCAGAGAGAACUGGAGAGUCAUAAGUCCAGCAUUGCCAGUCAUGUGCACGCCCAUUGGACCACUGAAAAGUGAAAAUAGUAUUCGUAAUGCCCUCCGUUAUACUUGCUACGACAUUGGGUACCUUCCGGUACUUGGAAGAAGGACUGGACAGAUGCGAAGCAAGCCGAGCGGUCCCGCAGCUAGCGCGCCCAGCAGGUUCCGGCGGUUCCAGUCCGGGAUGUCAGUGCCACUACCUAUGCCAGUCAUUAUCCCCGCCAUGCCACGCCAGGCUAGGCCCUGUCCUGACCUCAAUCCGUUCCCUGCCCUGAAGCCUCCCGGCCCAACUUUACGUUAUAACCCCCAGCGCGCCAGCUCUUCUUUUGUGAUCGUACCUUGA